AUGGAAAAACAAAACGACGCGGAGGAAGUGUAUGAAGACGAUUGGGAUCAUACAACCUCGGAGGGAAUGUAUGCAUCGAAUGUUGCAGCUCGGAUGCAUGUGGCUUGUGGCAGAGGUGAUAUUGAAACGAUGAGAAAAUUAUUGUCAGGACAAGACGUAGAUGUUAAUGAACGGUAUGUAAGUAUUUCAAUAACUAAUUCAGAAAGUGUGGACGAUGAAGAAAACAGUUUGUAA